UACUUAAACAUACCAAAUAUGAAUAACACAAGUCAACCGUAUCCUUUUAUGUCCAAUAUUCCACCUCGUUUUUCAGAUCGACCAAGACCGUCAAGCGCCCGUGAUCCUGUUUAUGCGGAUUCAUUUGAGAGUAACUUUUACAAUCAAGAAGGUGCUUCACAUGUUCGACCUCAUCACACUUUAAAUUCACCCUUUGAUGGUCGUUCUGCAUCGGUCGACCGUUCACCAAAUUAUCAAUCUGGCCCUCGUGGUUAUUAUUCUGGUGCUGGUCAACGAUACAAUAGAUCAGUAUAUCCAUAUGGAUAUGGUGGAAGCCAGAAUUACUCAUAUCAGCCUCCAAUCUCUCAUUUGCCUGUAGCCCAGUCGUCGUCACAUCGUCGAGCUCAGUCGUAUGAUAUGAAUUUGGAAAGACAAGGCCUUUAUGAAUAUAACAGCGGACUAACAUCUUCUGCUGUUGUUCCAAAUCGAGGAACAUAUAGCACAUAUGGGAACGUGGAAAGUGGGAGAAUUGACGGAUUGGGUAAUGCUGGGCUGCCAAUGACCCCUGUUGCUGGUUACCCUAACGCAGCAACAGGUAUCUAUGGGGACUAUGGUUCAUCAAACACUUCUGGGGUCAUGAUAUCCUCGAACAGCGCUAACGUGUUAAGUCUUCAGCGCGAAUGCGUUCGGCUUCAUCAAGAGUUGGAUGUUACCAAAGAAAAAUUGAACGCCUGUAUGACAAGUAUACGUACCUUUUGGAGUCCAGAGCUUAAGCGAGAGCGUGCAAUGCGGAAAGAGGAAAACGCGAAGUAUGCUAUCCUUGCAGACCACUUGCACCAGCUUCAGCUAGAAAAGCAGACAAUGCUCCAAGCCCUACACAAUUCCGACGCUGAGUUGCGUAGAGAACGCGAAAAAAAUACAGUCAGAUACAGAAUUGGUGCUGACGGAAGUGAAGUAAAUGAACUAGAGGUAACAAGGCGUCGAAUAGACGAAUUGACCUGUGAAAAUCGUAUUCUCAGCAAAUCAAUUGAAGAGGCUGAAAAGCGGUCCUCAAGUUUUCAAGCUAGUCUAAUGGCCACGGAAGAAAGCCUUCGUCGAUUGGUUGAGGCCGUAAAAUCGGGAAAAGCCGUGGCAGCACAGCAACAACAGCAGGCAGGUCAGCCACAGCAGCAGCCGGGUAGCAAAACGGACCAAGCGCCACCACAGUCUGGCGACUCAGGUUUAUCUAACAUCCGCAUUGACCGCUUAGAAUCUGAUCGGAACGAGAUCGAAAGACUUCGGGAACAAUUAAACGAAGCCUUCCAUCGAGGAAGCGAGGCCGAAAAAGCUCUCAUUGAAUGCGAAAUGACACGAAACCAGUUAAAAGAUGAAAUAGAUGGCUUGACUCAAGAAUUGGACGUAAUCAAGCACGAAAACGAGGGGCUUAGACUAAACAUUCGCGAGACUCAAACUCUCCAAGCCAUUGUGGACACCAAGGAAUCUAAAAUACUGACAUUGGAGAAUGAAAUUCGUCUGCUGGAAGAUGAAAUCUCCAGACUUCGCGAUGAGGGUAUCGCAACACCGAAUACCUCUCUGAGCAGCGGAAUUGAAGACGUCGAUCGAACCCUAAACACAUUCAGAAGCAACGAGCGUCUGCUCAAAUCGAAGGUUGAAUACCUAACCAGCGAGUUGUCCAAGCGUGAUAACGAAAUAUAUGCGCUACAGUCACGAUUGGAAAUGGCUGAGAAGCAGCAACAGGAUCAGAAUCACCACAUCAGUGUGCUCAAGGAACAAGUGAAGGCUCGGGAAAACAAGAUAACUAUGCUCACUGCAGAUAUAGAGGAUUUCCGGAAGCGUCUCAAGGAAAAGGAAGGUUUACUAGAAAAGAAGGCGAAAAUGGUUGCUACAAAUGCUACGGGCAAACGCCAGCUUGAGGCAGAAUUGGCGGAGUUGAAAGACCAGGUCGACCUGAAAGAUAGAAAGAUUUCCUUGCUCCAGAGAAAGGUGGAAAAUUUGGAGGAAAUGAUUACUGAAAAGGAGACCCAGUUAGUCAGCGUAAAGUCACGUCUAUCACGUCUCAGUAACGAGAAAACUGACUCGGACAGUCCAAAGACCAACUUAGAGGACGCGCUCAAAGAGAAGGAUAGGCAGAUAGAGAGGCAUGUUUCGUCUCAACUGAAAGAAGCUCGCGAACGGGCUGAGGCGGAGUGGGCGGAGGAAUCGGAGACGCAGCGGCGAUCUCAGUCGGAAUUGAGGGCGCGCCUGGACGCGGCCCUCCGCGACAACGACGACAAAGCCACCCAACUGAGCGAAGUCCGGGAGGAGGCGGCUCAACUGCGCACCGCUCGCUACAAACGCGACACGGAGUUAAGCCAACUGCAGGCUCAGCUACGACAGCGCGAAGCUGAAAUCUCGGCCCUCCAACUGGAGAAGCAGAUGCUCCAGAAACAAGUUGCUAACGAGACAGAGAUGAAGUAUGCCAAAACUGUUGCAGAGCUCGAGUCACAGGUCAACCACUACAUGGACGUUGCUUCGAAGCUGCAGAGUGAAGUCGACCGCCUUCUCAACAUGAUCCGAACCUCGGAUUCCGACAAACUCGACAAGGACAAUCAGAUCCAUGACCUUGAAGAACAACUUCAUGAUGCUCAGAAUCAAGUUGAGAAUUUGAAAAGGGCACAACAAGCAGACCGAAAAAAGAACAGUCAGAUGCUUGACGAAGCCCGUCAGAGAGCAGAUACAAUACAAAACGAUGCUGAAGUUUUUAAAAACAUAAUUGCAGAGAAGGACGUGAGGGUGCGUGAGUUGGAGCAGGCGCUACGUGAAAGUGUCCGACUGACCGCCGAAAGGGAAGCGCACGUUGCCAGCCGCGAGGAUUCCACUCGUCAGCUCGAAAAUCAGGUCAGGGAAAUGCGCUCUGCCGUUGAACACCUUCAGAGGGAGCGCAACAACCUAUCCUCACAACUUGCUAGUCUCCAGGAGGAGCUUCGCGAUCGGGAAGGGCAGCUGAAGAAUCUCGAAACGGAUUGUUUCCAGGGGUAUAUUCCCGAACUGGAGAAGUUGAGAAGAGCCAAUCAGGAUGCCAAUCUGCGAAUAGCAGCCCUCGUCAAGCUUGUACAAGGGCAUGAGGAGCAUUUGACGGAACAGGAUAAGUCAGCGUUGGCUACCAUUCCACUAUUUCCAAGCCUCUCCCAGAAGGGUGUUUCUACCUCAGGUCUGGCGAAGACUCACACACGUUUGAGUCAUGCUGGGACCUCAGGUCAGCCAGGUCUUCUGCCGCCCCUCACGUUCGACCAGUCAGGUGUUGCUGGCGGGACCGUUUCCCCAAAUUUUUCAGGCAGUGCUUUCCAUUUGAUUGGGUCUUCGUCAACACCUGCAGGUGCGCUAACCUCAGGAGGAAUAAAUGUGCCAAUGCAAAGUACGGAUUCUAUCUUACUUGGAAGAAUGUUGCAUGAAAAGGAGACGAUGUUACAGCAACAACUUCAAGAUUUGACAAGGCUUCGUUUCCAGAAUUCGGAGAUGGAAGUACGAAUUAAAUCUCUCCAGAGGGAACUUGACAACAAAACAACAAGACUCACUGCACUGGAGGCGGCCCAGGUAUUGCAUUCGCACUUUCAAUUGUCUACCAACAAUGAUUUUCAAUCAAAGUCAAUCUUAGGUGCGGCAGCUGGAGUGGGCGGCCUGGUCGACUGGCAGUCACACACUUCAGGAAUGCCGAUCUCUCAGGCCGAGUUGACGACUCUUCGUCAAGCCAAUACGGAGAUGCGAGGCAAGUUGAUGCAACUGCAGACGAGCCUGCAGGAACGCAAAAAUGAGCUUAUUCGGGUGCAGAACUCGCAAUCAACUGCCAACACCUUGGAGAUUGAAAGGCUUAAACUUGAGUUGACCAAAUUGAAAGACGAACGCGAAUCAAUUGAGCAAACAUUGCGUGCGGAGACGGCUCGAGCUGCGGAUGAAUUAGCGCGGAUGAACACGACAGCUUCUGUCGCGGAAACCGAAUUGCAGGAAAAGAAAGACAAAAUUAGGCUCCUCGAAUUUGAGAAAGAAAGCAAUCACAUUCAUGAAAUUCAACGCCUGACGAAGGAAUCAGAUGAACUGAACCACCGCGUCACCUACCUUCACAAAACCCUUCAGGAUCGGGAAGGAAAGCUGGAACAACAGGAAACAGAAUUGUCCCGACAAAAGGAAGAAAACGUGAAUGCCAAAAUGAAGAUUCACAGUAUUGAAACUGAAAUAAAAUCUCUGCGUGAAGAAAUCACUUUCAAAGAUGAGCGAUCAAAACAAUUGCAAGUCCAACAUGCAGACGAAAUUUCGAGGAUGCGACUUGUGCAGCAGGAGCAGGGAAGCCAGAUAAGCCACCUUCAAUUAACAAUUGAUGAAAAGGAACACGAAUUAAAGUCACUUAGUGGUGAUUUGACAAAGGCGAAAUCCGAUUUGGAAUACACCAAGAAUCGGCUUCAGGAAAUCGAAGUGGAGAGGUGUCAAAUUAAUAACGAACUUGUUGAGAAAACAGAUAAAUUACGAACGCUGGAGCUUGAAUCUCAUGGACAAGCGGACGAAUUAUCACGUCUUCAAGUUAGCCUCGAGGAUAACAAGUCUAAAGUGAGUAUCCUCCAGAAGCGUGUUGAAGAACGCGAACAACGCUUACGAAAAGUUGAGGGCGAAAAUCAUGACCUUUUGGAUGAAAUACACGGUCUGCGGAAGCGUAAUCACGAACUCGAGAGCCACAGUGAUGUCCUUCGCCAGCGGCUACUGCAACGCGGAGAACAGUCUAUCCCACCAGUGACUAGUUCGCCUUCUUCUAGGUUUCUCCAGAAUGCUGAGGAAAAGCCAUCAGCAAAGCUGACGCUGGAAGCAGAGAAUCUCCGAAAACGCAAUACUGAACUGGAGAACGAGCUGGUCACGCUACGAAGGCGGAUGCAGGAAUUACAAAUCCAGGUAGAUCAACUUAACUAUGAACGUGAAAACCUCAACAAAUCUUAUGAUGAAGAACUGAAGAAACGUGUGCGACUUGAGAAUUUAGUUGCCGCCAAGCCAGUUGUCGCUGAACCUUCACAGAAAUCUUCAGAAGACGUAGAUAAAUUGAAAUUAAUGGUAAACCAACUGAAACUUGAAGUCGAACAAAAAGAGUCCCAGAUCCAUCAACUGACCCAGCGACUUAGUCAAGCUGAAAAGAUAUACUCAAUGUCCAGCGUUUCUGAUUCGGACAAAGACGCCAUCGUAUCAGAACUCAAGUUGAGUCUCCAGCGAACACAGCAGGCUCUCGAUGCGGCCAACAAUCAGAACAAAAUAUUACAAGCCCGCACUGAGUCCACACUUCUUGAGUGUAGGCAGCAGCAUCUUGUUCAACAGCAAUCUCUCCAAGAACAACUGUCUGAGCUGCAGCAAAACCUAAGUGAAUUGAACUCGAGAAAUGAACGCUUACAGAGAGAAGUUCGACAGUCUUCUGGUCGCAUUCAGGAACUAACUCGGCAGCUGCGUGAAACUCAGGCGAACUGUGACUCUAUUGCAAGUCAGCGUGAUAAUCUUCAAUCCAGACUUGAACAGUUUCACAAGUUUCCGCGGCAAUUCUGUAUCGUUAAAACUUUUACCGUUUACGACGAAACCAUCAGUUACCUCGAAUUCCAGAUUCAACAUUCCGGUGGAGGAAUGUCCUCCUACAGCACCGGUAGUGGCAUUCUGGGUCGUCCUGCCUCCGUGGCCGCUGGCUACUCCGACCUGCUGCUUCCGCUGAGUGGUGUGACGUCAGGCGGCCAGUUGUCCCGCGAACUGGACCGUCUUCACAGGGAACAGGAUGUUACGCGCGGCCAACUGGACGCCGCUGAAAAGGCAGCACGUCAGUUUAAGCAGGAAGCUGAGACAGCGAAACGCGAAGUCGCUCAACUAAAGGAGGAGUUGCAACAUCAAAGUGAUCUUCUUCAUGAAAUGGAGGAAAACUUGCAAAACUGCGAAAAGGAGGCAACUAGGAAGGCAACUGCUGAGAUGGAGAAUUAUAGACGGCAGCAUGACGAUUUGACAAAACAGUUGGAGAAUUUACGAAAACAAGUUACAGCGAAGGAUAGUUUAAAUGCAAGCACCAUUCUCUUCACGUUGCAGCAAGACCAAGUGGCCUUUGAACGGAAUCAACAGCAGCGCUUGAGUUACGAGUUGGAAACUGUUAAAAAGGAACUUAGCAUUCGAGAAAAUCAGUUUAAUCAGCUGACUCAGAAGCUUAACCAAUCGCUGAAGGACGCCAACGACCAAUCCCAGGUGAUUGAGGAGCUCUCCCGCCAAUUGAAAGCGGCUAAAUUAGCAGCACAACAGGCAGAACAGGAAGUCGAUAAUGCGCGUAGAAAUUCAGCUGCUUGGGCCAAUGAACAAAUGCAGGCACAGCAGCAACGCCUUCAGGCGGUCAGCUCGGAACAGACCCAACGAGACCGCGAGGUUAUAGCGUCUCUUAAGUCUGAUCUUCAGGCCGCCCUGAAUGCCAAGGAGACGGCUGAACAGAGGGCCGCGAAAUUGGAAGACGAUUUUAGAAACCAAAUAAAAGCGCUUGAUGCGAAAAUGACACGCGCCCAAGCAGCAGAGGAAGUUUGUAAACAGGAACACCUUGCAAUUAUUGAAAAGUUGUCACAAGAAAAUCAAGAUCUCAAGUCUGCUUUGGACGAAGUCCGUCAAACGCAGUCUCGCCCCCAAAAAUUCGAUGAGCCCGCCAACCACAGUUUGAAACAGGAAGUCGACAUCUUAAAGAAGGAACUCGAUAAACGUGAUACGGUAAUUACGAAGUUGGAAAAAGAAUGCCAAGAAAAGCAUGUGCGUAAACUGGAAGCUCUGCAAGUUCAGCUGAGAAGGCUAGAAGAAGAAAAUGCCGAUCUCAAUCGAGUGUUAGACGAACAACGCAAUGGAAUUGAGGAGAGAGACCGCCUUGUUCGCCAACUACGUGCUGAGGGUCAAAAGGUUGGCGGUGGUGCAGAAUUGGAGAAGUUGCAGGCAGAACACUCUCGGUGUGGUCAGCAGAUUCAGCAAAAGCAGCAGCAGCUGGAGACGCUUAUGAAACAGCUUGAACAACAGGCUGAAGAAAUCCUGACCACGAAAAUCGAGGCCCUGACGGCAUCUUUAUGCGAAAAAGACGCUAACAUUGCCCUCAUUCAAACCACUGGACCCAAAAAUUCUGGAUCUAAUCAAGCUCUUCAAAAACUCACGGCCGAAAAGGAGACAAUCCAAACGCAACUCCGGCAAUUAACAUUCGCACGCGACGCUCUUGCGGAACAACGGAAAACAUAG